ACACGUUUGCUGUACAAGCCAAUCAGGGCCAGUGUAGCUGAACAGUUGAUCGGUUUGAAACGGACGCAAAAGCAAGCACUUCCAACUGCCGAAUAACUUGAAAAGAGCGACAAUCCUGUAUUAAACAGAUGUCUUCCGACGAAGAGGAGCCCACCAGUCCUGUUCUCCCCAAGGACUCAGAUCGGUGCAGCUCUGUCUCCUCUGAGCUUCAGCAGGAUGAGUACGAGGAGCUCCUGCGCUCUGCUGUGGUCACUCCUAGGCUUCACACGCUGACCGCUGCGCGCUUACAGCUGCUGAGCUCCUCACAACUGUCUGCAGAAGGUUCUCUGAGACAGGAUGACACAAAAUCACGCCCAGCAGAUACUGCCACUGACGCUCAGGAUGGAAGACAUUCUAGUAGGAGUGUGAGAUCAUCACAGACCUCCCCCUUAAUUGCUGAGACUUCCAUACAGCCAAGUGAACCUCAUGCUGAGGGGAUAGAAAAUCUGCCCUGUAGCAGGGUGUCAAUGCUCUCAGGCGCUCCUUCGGUCAGGUUAAAGACAGGAUCUGAGCGGUCUCGCCCAAACAGCCCAGACCACCUUGAGUCUGCUGUGACAGAGAUUUUCGUCUCGGAGGAGAACAUAAUUCGGAUGGAGAAUAUAUUGGACACAUGGAGCAACAAACUGAAAUCAAAUGUGAUAAUGGAGCUGCGGAAGUGGAAGCUGGUCUUCAUCGAACAGCACAAACAGGAAAUGAGAAAAGAGAGGGAGACAUUUGCAACCCAAACAGCUGGUCUGAUGUCAGACAUAGAAAGCCUAAAGGGGCUGCUGAACACAUAUGAGACUUCCAAUCAAAGAAAAGAUGAGGUAAUUAUGAACUUGAGCCAGGUGUUGGAAAGACAAAGAGAAAAGCUUGAUAAGAUGAAAGCCUUCACUCACUGGAGACUUCAACUCACUGAGGCCAGAGAAGAGGCUCAUGCUGCUCAAAUGGCACAACAGCACUACAACUCACAGCUGAAGAAGAAGGUGUGGUUGAGCUGGUUCUCCCUGGUUCAGAAACACUGGAAGGUCAAGGUGGAGCGCGCCUGCCGCGCGAGGGCUGAAGAGGUCUGCAAUCGACUUUCUACAGAGUACGAGGCCAAGCUGGCAGAGCACUGCCAGGCCAUAGAAAAGGCCCAGGUAGAAAUUCAACGACUACGACUAGAGCGAGAGCACUAUGAGGAGUCCAUGAAGAAAGCCUUCAUGAGGGGUGUAUGUGCACUCAACAUGGAGGCUCUGAGCAUGUUCCAAAGCACAGAGCAGCCUCCGGUGUAUGAUCAUGAUACUCAGGCUGAGUCUCAUCCAGUGUCCUCCACAAGGUUCAGCCCAGUCCACUUUGACCGUCCAGACCUUCCGUCUCACAGAGAAACCGAAGCUGAGGAUGUGAUGGGCUCUGGUGCGUCCAUGUCCAGAUCCCAAGUAGUCCCUCCAACUACAGUAGUACACAGCUCACUCCCACAUGGGGGAACUGCAAGUUCCCACAAACAGGUCAGUGGUCGUGUGAUCACGGCGAGUCAACAAAAGCCCACAAAGACAGUAACGGCUCGCAUCUCUGCGCGGCCUGACGUCGGUAAGGUUGCACGCAGCAACCUGCAGGUGAUGGGUGUGUCUCCACCCAUGAGCUCUGUGAUAGUCGAACGACAUCAUCCCGUUACACAGCUCACGGUCGGUCAGGCCACGGCUGCUAAGUUUCCUCGCUCCUCCCAACAACUUCCCAGCUCCACCAGUGGCAGAAGCUCGUCCAGAACUCAAACCAGUGCGUUUCAUAUACACUCCAUCAAAGUAGUUGAUUGAUCACCCACA